AAGUACAUAUUUAGAUAAAGAGUUAUGUUCCUCAAAUCUCUACGGGUUUCAAUUUUAGUUUUCAUUUAAUAGACCUCAAGUUCACGAUUCCGAUAAAUAUCUGAGCAAUAUUUUUUGGUACAUCUAGGUACUUACUUUCAAUUGAAAAAAAAAAACAAACACAAAACAAUAUUAUUCUGAUUUCUUUUUUUCUUCUGUUAAAAUAAACAUGAAUCCUUUCUAUCUCACUUGGAUGGUAUUUUUCACCCUCUAUUGCAGUAGUCAAAGUGAACCCUUGGAGCAUACUUCCAAUACUGAUUGUGGUCAUAGAAUUCGGUGCAAUUCGCAUCCUCAAGUUCACGAAAUAAACUAUAUAUGGACGAUUCAUCAGUUCAGUCGUUACGAGGCAUUCAACACUAGUGAGAUUUUAUCGCCCAAGUUACACGCACCCACAACUUAUAGAUACGAAUGGGAUGUCGCAGUCGUACCUAAUUACAUUCACAAGGGAGAUGAAACGAUCGCUGUAUAUGUUUAUUUAUCCAGCGGAAGCGUAAUCGAUGAAGCGGUUGCAAACUCGAACGUUUCAAUCAUAAAUCACAACGAAGAAACGCUAUUUUACAGAAGUAUGACAAAAAUAAAGCACAUAGUGGCCAUCGGAGGAGAGGGCGGAUGGGGGGACUAUUGCAAAAAAGACGACUUUUUCAGGCAUCAUUUACUGCAAAAUGACACAUUAACACUGCUAAUCAACAUACAAUGGUUUUCUCAAUCUUGCAAUAACGUUUCCCACGAACGCAAUCCAUCGCCGACUCCCAUGGUACACGAAACCACCACUAUCCAACUCAAUCAUUCAGCUAACAACUUUGAAUCGUUGCUCGAAAAUUCAAAAUUCGCAGACGUCGUACUGACUAUUAAUGGAAGCACUUAUCCAGCUCAUAAAGCUAUUUUAGCCGCACGCAGUCCAGUUUUCGCCGCCAUGCUUGAGCGUAAUAAUUCGAAAAAUAAAAAAAUUCGAAUUCACGUCACACGCAUGAAUGAAGAAGUUCUCCGCGCAAUGCUGCAAUAUAUUUAUACCGGAAGCUGUGCAAGUUUACGUUUACGCAAACUAGCGGAUAAAUUGUUCGUAGCUGCUGCCAAAUAUGGUUUGGACGGAUUGAAAAAGAUUUGCGAACAAACGCUCUGUGUGACUCUGUCGACUAAGAAUGCGGUUAAAAUGUUGAUAUUUGCGGAAAAACAUCACGCCAACGAGUUGAAAUUCAAAGCAACACAAUUUAUAGCAAAUAGAUCUGCUCGAAAGUUGAAUACAACAGGCUAAAAAAUUUAGAUUUAAUCGAAUGAUCCAGCUAGUUGAUAUAUGAGCUAGCCAAUAUCUCAUAAAUCGUUAAUCCGCAUACAAAUCAUAAUCAAUUAACUUGCAUUACUUGUAAAUCCGUCGAUUACACUUUGGUAUUUCAAAAUAAAGGCAUACUGAAUGGAAACGAUUUACAAUUUAAUGAUUUCCUUGGAUUAUUCCAGAGUCGUGGCAACAUUAUACGGAUGUUAACGCUUAAUUACAACAAUUUGAUGA